CCCAUCUUGUUCCUGUCUGAGCCCCUUCCGCCCCGCUCUCCUUACCUUAGCUUCUUAGCUGCUGCUCCUACGAGAACAAGCGGGAUUGCGACGAAGGGCAUCUAAUCUACUGUCUUUUGAACUCGGUGAAAGAUGGAAAUGGCCCUUUGUUUUCCCUCAUCGGUCGUGUGAUCUCUGCUCCCGAGAGCGUCUUUUGUGUUUCUGGUGGAAGUUAUCUUUGACCUUCUUCUUUCUUGGGAAACUGGUGCGUUUCGUUUGCCCUAAUUGUGUCAGGAUUUGGACUGUCAUGUCCUAAUCCCUGGACCUGAUGCAUUGAUCUCUAAUCAAGCAAAGUUCCUCCUUUUUGCCUUUUGUCGUUAGUAAUCGGUGGAUGUGUUCUAGUUUGGCUUGAUUUCUUCGGCAGCGAUCCUCACGUUAUGGGUAGGAGUCUUAGCCCGGUGCUCCGGCAGGAGCUGGCGAACCUCGACAAGGACGCUGACAGCCGCAGAUCCGCCAUGAAAGCUCUGAAAUCUUAUGCCAAGGACUUGGACUCCAAAGCCAUCCCACGCUUCCUCGCCGAGGUGUCCGACACCAACGGGGCUUUCGGUGUGCCCGCGGGCGAGUGCACCAUCUCCCUUUACGAGGUCCUGGCUAGAGUCCACGGCCGCAGCAUCGUGCCGCAGAUCGACAACAUCAUGUCCACCAUCAUGUGCACCUUGUCCUCCAGCGGAGGAUCCUUUCCCCUCCACCAGGCCUGCUCCAAAGUCGUCCCUGCGAUCGCUCGAUACGGGAUCGAUCCGUCGACCCCGGACGAGGAGAAAACGAGGAUAAUUUGCUCCCUCUGUAAGCCUCUUUCCGACGCGCUGAUGGGCUCGCAAGAGGGCGCCGCCUCCGGGGCCGCUUUCUGUCUCAAGGCCCUCGUGGAUUCGGGCAAUUGGAGGUUUGCUUCGGACGAGAUGGUGAACGAGGUGUGCUUGAAGGUCGCAGGGGCCAUGGAAGAGAAGGUGACCCAAACCAACGCUCAUAUGGGCCUGGUCAUGUCGUUGGUGAAGCACAAUGGUGUCAUAGCCGAGGCCUACUCGAGGUCUCUCGUGCGAUCUGGCCUGCAGAUUUUGGCGACCGGUGCCACGGAGAGCAACUCCCAGAAACGCUUCUCGGCCAUUCAGAUGAUUAACUUCCUGAUGAAGUGCGUCGAUCCGAGAAGCAUCUCUUCGGAGGUCUUCAAGAUAGUCGAUGCCAUGGAGAAAUGCCAUGCUGACGACAAGAUGCCAUUCGUAAGGGGCGCAGCGUUCGAGGCGCUGCAGACCGCGAAGCCUCUGGCGGCACAGGAAAGCUCGAGGCACGAACUCGGUGCGAGCCCGGUCGUGAACUCGAGCUUCCGCAGGAGGAACGAGAAGAGUCCUUGGCGAAGCGGCUCCCCCGUCCAGUUCUGCUCGCCGGAGUCGCACACCGUCGACUCGUACAUCAAGAAAGAUGCAUUCGUCGAAUCGCCCUCCUCGGUCUCCCAGCCUUCGUGCGACUUCGAGCGUGGCCGGCGCACCAGCAGGAGACUGUGGAACCAUGACGGCUGCCCGGUGGAUGUAUCCUUGAAGGAUGGCUUGUGUCUGAGAGCUUGCUCUGGCAGCGACGGCAAACACAUCGACUUCAAGCUGAACGAUCCCAACAAAGAGCGGGCAGAAGGCUUCUGUGGGUUCACGCAGGACAGUGAGACCGCCAUGGCAGCAGAUGCCUUAGCAAGCCCUCAGAAAUCCAUGCCGCAGCCGGCGAUCGAUGAUGUCAGAAUACAGACUACUCCGGGAAAGCCGAUUCGAUCCCUUCAGAGUGGAGCUUUUAGCAGCGAAAGCCAAUCUCAGAAAGUGAACUCGGAGAGUGUGGGGACUGCUGGAAAGCUGAACGAUCUCAAGGAUGAUGAGCAAGAAGAGCGAGAUGGCGUGGAAUCAGUUUCAUCUACUGAUGAUGUCCCUGAAAGCGGCAUUAGCGAGGAGUUGCAUGGAACAACGGAUCACGAAGUCAAGAACGCAGUACCACCGUUAAAGAGCAGGAAGAGGAUCGGGUAUGGCACAGCUGCACUAGGUUUUCUCUGGGCUGCAUCAGCUGUGCUGCUUGCCAUAACCUUUUCAUCGAUGGAGGCUGCUAACGAUGAGCUUGGGCUGGGUCUGGUUCCUACUUGAUCUUUGCACCUUGUUCUUUCUUGUCAUCCUACUACAGUUUUGUACGCUUAAUUCAGUGAGUAUGCAUCGUAGACUGGCAAGUGCAGUGAUGCCUGGGGUGUCAGUGAGCAAACUGCAACCAUGAAGUCAGCAUAGUUUUUGUUAGAGACAAUAUGAAUAUUAAGAUCAUGGUUCGUAAGCUGGAGAGUGAAUUCACUAGAUAAGCAACUCGAGAGCAUCAGCU